AGUUACCACACUCGCAUCGAAUUUCUGCAGCUCCCCAGUGGUCCCUGUUACUACAAAUACCCCCCGCAUCCUCCCCUGUCCUCUUCCGUUUCUCUCACAAUUUCAGUGUCGAGCACGACCUCUGGUUCCUUAAGCAGCGACGGUAUUUGUGUGUGUGUUUGUCUAGUUAGGUUGAGUGCGUAGCUGGUAGUCGAUGGUGUGAGUUUCUGAGAGGGGAGUGAGUGGGUUUGUGCUGGAGUUUCAGCGAUGGAGAAUAUGGACAUGUUGGUGAGGGGGGUCGUGAUGCCGGGCUCAGGAAUGGGGCUGGGCUCGAUCGGCUUCCAGGGGUUGGAGUGGGCGUGGGUCGCGAUUGUGGCGACCAUUGUGGUUAUGUUUGUCUCCGCGAAGAGGGUAAGCAUUGUGAGCGUCGGGUGGACGUGGGGGGCCAAGCCUGGUCAAGUGCGCGUACGCGUGCACUCAUUCUCCUCCAUGUCCGAUGGCAGCAUUGUCGCCGCCAGCGGAAUGUUUAGUGCCGGGAUUGUGAACUGCUCCGGGGAUUCCUGCAGUGAAGACGCGUCGAGCUCUUCCGACUGUGCGUCGGAGGCCGCCAGCAAGGUUGCAGCGGAAAUGGUAUUCAUCUUCGAGAAGAAGACCCCGCCGAACCUGUUGCUGGCCAAGAAAGAUGUACUCGCUGCUCGCGACUACUCUGACAAGAUCUUUGUUAGACGAUCGAACUGGGAGGACUUUCGAAUACUCGAAGACUUACCCUUUUUAGUCCUUCCUCAUUGCAUUGCACGUGAUGCAUCCGUCGUGAAGCGCACGGGAAUUCAGUGGGGUACAUUGCCCGCUGCUUCCCAGUCUUCCAUUGUCAUCGCCUUCUUACCCUCGUGGGCGCAGUCUCUCACAGAAGCCCUAGCCCUCUUAGCUCCUCCAUCACCAUCGUGUAUAGUUCCCUGCGCCUCUUCUUUCAAAUGGGAUCCUCUGUUGAAGCUCAGAAUGCGCGAUACUGUCGUCUGCGACAAUCACCACAUCAACCACACGAGAGUACCGAUUGCCCCCGUUGCAAUGAACGGCGCCGGCAUGGUAACCUUCAAGAAUAAUAUUGUCAGAUUAUGGGACAAUGACACGAGAUUGAUGAUAAAGGGUCUGCAUCUCCCGAUGACUCACGCCGGCGCGGCUACUGCUUUUGAUGCGAACUGGGAGCGGAAGGUUGCUGCUGUCGGAGAUUUCGGAGGACUGGUGUCUAUUGCAAAUCUCGAGUCCGCAGCAUUGGAGACCACCUACGACACUCUUCAUCCUGUGGUGCAGUCUGUCCACUUGGACAGAAGCUCGUUGUCGAAAACUUUGUUCACAGGUGGACCAGCAAUUACCAAUCCAGGGUGUACCGUCUCACUCUGGGACAGUAGGUCAAGCAACAGACAAUAUUCAGUCAAUUUGAGUUCUGCAAGCUACAUUUAUGGUAUCUGCGCUCAGGGUUAUGAGCUCUUUGUGCGAGACAGCGUCGCCUCGCUCGCUGCCUUCGAUUUGCGAAUGCUGAGUUCUUCGUGUUUGAGAACAGUUCCAUGUGAUGUGAGCUUUGAAAGUGCACCGAAAGAUAAGUGGUGGGACAUCGACACACCUCUCGAGGUUGAGGAUGGUGACAUUGAUGCUGAAUUCUGGGAUUGCCAGUCUGCAGACAAGUCUGUGAAGGGCGCCAAAGACUCUUACGUGGGCAGCUUUGUGAAGGUCAUGAGCCGCAACUUCUCCAUGAAAUCUACAUCCAAGUAAAAGCCACACGGCAGCAAGCCAACCUCGUCGGCCUCGCUCGACGAGGAUUCUACAGUGAAUUCCGGCGGCCAAUGACAUUCACCUGCGUCCGCAUUCAUUCAUGACGGGUAUCAGUGCGAGAUAGGUCCCAGAACCUGACGUUAUUGGCAGCCAUGGGUUGCGAUGUGAAGAUUUUACUUCUCGCCACCUGAUUGCAGCGUUCGCUUGGACUUAUGCACCUCGUACAGCUGGAGGCUGUGACAUGCUGCGGCAUCCCAACUGGAGAUCGCCUGUACUUAUUUUGUAAAGAUGGUUAUUUGAUAGCAUGUACUCUCCAGUCCAGUUGGGAAAGUGCUGGGAUGGAAGCUGUGGUGUGAACUCGCGCCAGUUCAGCUUAUUCUUCUUCUGACGUAUACUUUUGCAGGCCCAUGUCCCGUGGUGGCCUUUAGAUGCGAGCCUGAGUUGCUAGCGAUGGUGGGACGUUUGGAGCUUGGCUCUGACCGAGCAAACGAUAUGGUAGGAAGUGUGUGUGUGUGGGGGGGGGGGGGGGGGGGUUGCACAUUUGACCGUGACUCUUAAUUUUCUUUUUCGGUUGGAAGCCUUUGCUUUCCAUGCUCUGUGCCGGAGAAAGAGGACCAAUUGUACAGAAAAAAACUAUCAUGGAUUUACGAACUUAUCCUUCUCUUCA